AUGCUGUAUUCCGAGUACUCUGAAUUAAAUUAUGAAGAUAUAGUUGAGCAACCAAUAUCUUUUACAUCACCAGAUCAUAGGGAUGAACCGAAUGUAGUGAAUACGGAUGGCGAAGAUAAUGAAAAUUCUCCUUUUAUUGUUAUGUCGCCGUCACAUACACUUGUUCCGUCAGAAGUUAUUGAAAUUAAUUCUGCUUCUGGGGAAGAUGAUGUUCAAAUUAUAAACAUUGAUACUGAACCUUCUGCAGAAACAGAAAGGGAUCAGCCGUUCCAGCCCAAUCAUCAACCAAACUGUCCAAGUAUGACACGGCCGAAUGAGGGUCGAAUAAUUACUGUAGAGAACAUCAUUAAAGAUAGUUCGUCAGACGAUGAGGCAAUCGAAAUUAAUACCCGUGGUACGCAAACUACGGGUACGAAACCAAAAGUUGUUAUGAAUAAGAGGAAAAGAAAAACCGAAAAACCCAAGCUUGAGAAAAGAAAAAAGUAUGGUGUUGAAUUUCGAAGUGAGGUUCGACUUGGCAGCAGAACUCGAUCAAGCUCAGAGUCUUCAUUUUCAGACAAUACUAACGCAAACUAA